ACAUACCAAGCACAGAUAAACUAUGCCAUUUGACACACACCCGUUACACUGGUGCCCAAGCUGCGGAUCUUUGCAGGCUGAACUUGCAACGUUGCGUAUUGCCCUCUCAGAAACGAAAGCCAAACUUCAACGCGCCGAAGCCACGGCCGAAGAGGCGCAGAGGCGAGCUGACAUUCAGCAAAAGAUGUCUUGGUCGUUUGCUGCCUCCUACGCGUCCAACCCCCGAGGCAGCGAGUUUCACUGGUACUUGCCGUGGGGAAACGAGAUUCGCAACCUCUUCUCCAAGUUCUACAACCUUCACCUUGUGCCUCAGUACCCUGUUCAAUUCGCACCACGACUCUCCAAACCUUCACCGCCCUCCCAGACUCACCCACGUGAGCCAAGACGUGAGCGGUCCUGGACUGACACUCCUCACCCAGAAACGGAGUCAGACCCGUGCAAUGACAACUCGGCUAACGCGAGACGAGGGCCGAGAUACUCUGGAGCUUCCGACAGAACUGAGCCUAUUGCAAACGCUCUCGGACCCAUCACCGAUUUUGCUUUGGUUCAAACCAAGGGGUCGGAUACAACUGACUGGCGACUUGGCUUUACUGGCUACAGGGUCAAGACAUCUAGAGUUUCGGUGCUCGUAGAGCUCAAGAAUAAUCCUUCCCGCCGACUGCAGAAGGUGGACCUCGCUGUCAGAGUCAAUGAGCACUUGAAGCUCGCCAAAGUGGACCUCGAGUAUCAGGCGGCCGCGCUGUUUACUAUCAACGAAGAACAGGAAACGGUGGUAGGAAUUGCUAUUGCCGGUACUUAUUGGGCAUUUCGGACCAUAUCUAGGCGCGACAAAGGCAUCAUAAAACAGCUCACUCUUAUUCACGAUCGGCGUAAGAAGAAGACGCCGCGAGAGCAGUCAACACAACCUCCUUCCACGGAAGCCCAGAGCGCGUUUCCAUCAGUGGGUGAUGCUGCUCCUGCGCAUCUUCGUCGUUCCGAGAGACGGCCUGUAGCGGCAGAGCGUGCAGCUCAAAAUGGGGCAAACGAGAGCGUAAAAAGUACCGAAAGCGGGGAACCGAGCGAACAGGAAGAGGCAGACCAUCCUAUGGAGGGCUUAUCUCGCAAAUACCCAUCGAACGACGAAAACGAAUUCUCUGAUUGGGAGGAGUCCAGUUCUCGAGGCAUUCGUCGACAAGCCCGCAAAACUAGCAAGUCACUAAUUGACGUAUACCCCGAUGAUGUAGUCAACUCCCAAUUCCCGGCGGUGAUACCGAACGUGGCGAAAGCUCAGGAUGGUUUCUCCCCUGCCUAUCGCAUCGGGACCCCUCAGUCAGAUGAGGCUUUCAAAGACCUUGUGGAAAUUGUCAGGGACUCUAUGCCGACUGCUUUGAACGACAUGGACGAUCGGGCGUCGAGCCCGGAACCGGCUUAUGAACCUGACGCAAUGCAGGUCGAUGACGAGAGUGAUGAAGAAGGCGGUGGCAGUGCACCGGGAGACGAGAGCGGCAUGCGUGGAUCGAAUGUUAGAGGGCGCGGUGAGAUGUCGGGAUUUUUAGGCAGUGUUCAAGGCGCGGGGAGGAAUCGUCGGUAUCAUGGAGAUGGCGGGGAGAGCUGGCGUGUCGCACGACGCAAGGAGAAAGCAAGGAGAGACGAUGAGUCGGAUAGUUUAUCGGGUGAUGAGGGCGUUGGAGGCGUUGGAGGCGUUGAGGGCAUUGAGGGCAUUGAGGGCGUUGAGGGCGUUGAGGGUGAUGGGGAUGACGAGGAUAAUGGGGGCAAAGAGAAUGACGAAGACGACGAGUACGACGACGACGAGGAUGAGCUGUCUUAUAUCUAA